AGUGAACAUAAAAUAUAUUCGAUAUGAUUCUUAAGAGGAAAUUUUUGGAGUUUCUAGCGAUAACAUCAUUAGUUACGCAAAUAUUUCAAACCAAACUCAUUGUAGAAAGUUUUCAAACAAAAUCCUAUAAUACUUUAAAGUUGGGUAAAAAAUUUAAAGGGACUGCAUUGAGCACAGAAGUACUGCAUAAUACUAACUUCAGAAAUUUGAAAAAUAAUUCUCAAAAAAAAGUUGAGAGAAAAAUUAAUGAAAAACUUUUUGAAAGAAGUUAUCAAUACGUUUACUUGGGGAAGAAAGCUUGGUACGUCGCACUUUAUUUUAUGUUGUACUGCGCAUUUUAUGUUCUUUAUUUAAAUUUUGAAGCCAUUAUUAAACAUAAGCCAAAAAACCCUGAAGGAGGAGACGAAAUUUUUUGAUAAUGGUGAAAGCAACAUAAAAACUUAAUAAUUUCGAAACAUAUGAAUAAAUCAUAUGAGAUUUUAUAAUUUGUACAUAUAUGUAUU